AUGCCUGUUUCUGCCUCAGGCCAGCGGUUCCGCAAACCUCCAUCCGUUCCAUCAUCGACCUGCAAUCCUCCCCCCAAGUCCCCUACCUUCCUACCUUUCCCCUUCCAACGGUCUUUUGGCGGAGCUGUGAGUAUCUUGCAUGAAUUUGAAUUGUCUUUAGGCCUGCUAUACGCCUUUACUGAUUCUCAAUUCUUCCCACAGAUGCUUUCCCAACGGAUCCUGGCCCGGCGCCUGCCCCAGGUUGCUGCCCGCAGUGCCAUUGCCCCCCGCGCAUCCUUCUCUCAGAUCCCGGCCCUCCGUGCUGCCGAGGUCGAGGAUCCCCUCCAGAAUGGCGGUUACCAGAACCCUCCCCGCGUGAAGCGUCAGUUCAGAGAUCCGUAUGGCGGCUGGUGGGACAAGCAAGAUAAGCGCAACUUCGGCGAGCCUGUCCACGAGGAGAACGAAAUUCUUGGUGUCUUCAGUCCCGAGCAGUACACCCACGUCAGCUCCGGCAAGGGCUUCCUCCACCUGGGAGCGUUCGUUGUGACCUUCCUCGGCCUUUGCGGUGUUGUCAGCCUUUACUAUCCCGACAAGCCCAGCGUUCCCAAGGCCUACGUUGAUGGUCUGGAGAAGGAGCUCGGUGGUCCCAAUGCCCUGCCGGCUCGCAAGGCCGGUGAGGACAAGUGGUAA